AUGUCGUACAGGAAUAACAGUGGUGAUAGCAAACGUCAACCAACAGCUUCUGAUGAAGGCAUAGCCUCGACUGAUUUUAUAAAUUUGACAGAACCUCCAAGACCAAAGGAAACUCCCACAAUUUCAGAGUACGAUAAUCGAGUACCAGUAUCUACUGAUACUCAAAAGCAUCAACCCUUCAAUUUCCAGAGACGUCGUUCAACAAACUAUAUAGAUGCAUUAAAUUCAAAGCAAAAAAGGACUAAUUCUAAUGCAGAAAAAUACAAUAAUGAUAUUGCCACUAAACCAAGUCAUCUAAGAAGAAAGUCGAGUAUGAGCUUGCAAGAUACAAGGCACGAUAUCCAAAAUAAGGAAACUAACUUAAAAUUUCAUCAAAAUCAUAAAAAUGCUGAUAUGGGUGAUUAUUUACAACACUACAGUUUUAGAAAUCCGAGUGGUGAUACUGAUCUUCCAAGAACUAUGCAAUUAUCGGAAGAUGAUGAUGGCAGAAACAUUUUAGGAAACAAUGAUCAAAGACCAAUAUUUCAUGAAAGGAGACCAAGUUUUCAAUAUGAAGAUUAUAAAAAAGAUAUUUAUAACCGUAUGAACAUCUUUGAUACAAAAUAA